AUUAAGGUAAACUUAUAUACGUAUUUUCGUAAUUUUAUUUUUUAAUUCUUUUAAUAACAUUUAAUAAUUAUGCUUAAAAUAUCACCGAACACUUAGGGUAAAAAAAAGCCAGUCUAAUUUUAUGACAACAGAACUCAAGUGUAUAUGUACAUCAUAAAAGCUCCUCACCGUUCACCAAACGAUCAUGAUUUUGCUGAAUUGCUGAUGCAGGUUAGUAGUUCACCCGCCAUAUUAUACUCUCUUUCUAACGGCUAUAUUAACGUUCUAUAACAAAUUUUUGAAAUGGAACGCCAUAUAUUGGAUGUUCUUCGCUCUUCCAUUCAUAUAAACCAGUUCAAACAAAUUCACGCCUUAAUUCUUACCAAUUAUACAUAUCUUUCUCCUCUUUUAGUACAGAGAUUAUGUCAUUCUUCUCAGUUAAAAUAUGCACGCAAGAUGUUCGAUGAAAUGCCUGAACCAGAUGAACGCUUGUACAAUAUGUUCAUUUCUGGGUAUUCUAAGCUUGGUUCUUAUAAACAAGCUUUGGGUAUGUUCUGUUUGAUGCGUCGUAGAAACAACAAUGUCACUAGUUACAGUGUUCCACCUGUUCUGAAAUCUUGUUCGGCGUCGUUGAUGCGGGAGUUUGGGAAACAAAUUCAUUCUUUGAUUAUUACUUUUGGGGUUGAUUGCAAUUGUUUUGUUCAGACUUCUUUGAUGGACUUGUAUGCUAGAACUGGUGAUUUGAUUUCAGCUAAGAUGGUUUUUGAUGGCAUUUUAGAUAGAGAUCCUAUAGCUUAUAAUUGUUUGAUUUCUGGGUAUUCGAAAUCUGGUGAUGUUUUAGCUGCUAGGAGGUUGUUUGAUGAGAUGUCUGAGAGAACGGUUGUUUCGUGGAAUUCAAUGAUUUCAUGCUAUGCAAAUAGUGGUAAUCAUCGUGAAGCUAUGAGAAUGUUUGAUAUGAUGCAAGAGGAGAAUUCGCGGGCUAAUGAAUUUACCAUGGCGACUGUGCUCUCUGUUUGUGGUAGCGUAGGUGAUUUAGACUUGGGUUGGAGACUCAAGAAGUACGUUGAGGAUAACAAUAUGUUCACUAACAUGAUAGUGUCCACUGCAAUGCUGGAGAUGUUUGUAAAAUGUGGGGAUGUUGAUGAAGCACGGAAAGUGUUUGAUCGUAUGGAUGAGAGAGAUUUUAUUACAUGGGGUUCUAUGAUUGCUGGUUAUGCCCAAAAUGGGAGAGCUCUUGAGGCUUUGGAACUGUUUAAAACCAUGACGUCUGAGAGGAUUAAGCCAAAUGAUGUGACUCUAGUGAGUGUCUUAUCAGCCUGUGCACAAUUGGGUUCUGUAGAAUUUGGUGAGCAGGUCAGAAGGUAUAUAGAGAGCGAAGGGUUUGAGUCAAACAUGUAUGUUUCUUCGGCAUUGUUAUACAUGUAUUCGAAGUGUGGAAACAUGAAGAAGGCUUGGGAGGUCUUUAAUCAGAUGCAUGAAAAAGAUGUUGUAUCCUGGAACUCAAUGAUUACGGGUCUUGCUUUCAAUGGUUAUGCUAUGGACGCUAUACUUCUAUAUGAAAAAAUGAAAAAGGACGGUAUAAGACCAGACAGUGUUACAUUUGGUUCACUACUAACAGCAUGCACCCAUGCUGGCCUCAUUGACUUGGGUCUCGAAAUAUUCCACAGCAUGCACUCACACUAUGAUAUUUUUCCUGAAGUAGAGCACUAUGCUUGCAUUGUUGACCUUUUCUGUAGACAUGGGAGGCUUAAUGAGGCUUAUGACUUCAUAUGUCAGAUGAAGAAGCCAAAUGUUGUGAUUUGGGGCACUUUGCUUAGUGCUUGCAGAAUCCAUUCAAAUAUUGAGCUUGCUGAGAUUGCAUUAACGGAGUUGGUUGAGCUGGAACCUGAGAAUGCAGGCAACUAUGUUCUUCUUUCAAACACAUAUGCCAAUACAGGCAGAUGGCGAGACUCAAAUAGGCUUAGAAACUUGAUGUGUAAGAAAAAAGUGCAAAAAACGGCAGCAUACAGUUGGAUUGAACUAGAGGAUGGGGUGCACAGAUUUCUAGUUGCAGAUUCAUUUCACCCUCGAUGUAAUGAAAUUUAUGAUGUGGUGAUUAGCUUAGCCAUAUUAUCAUCAGAUGAAACAAAUAAAUAUAGUGAAGUUUAGCUUAUAUUACCCUUGGAUCACCUGUCAUUUAGGCUUGAUUGGACACUGUGCAACUGAGAUAUAGCCUUGACAUAUUGCCUUAGGUACUGAAGGAAUCUCUCCAAGUACGAUCAUGGUGUUGAUUGUAGAGUACAAUCAUGGUGGUGAUUGUAGAGUACAAUCAUGAGUUACCAAAGCUAGCUGUUUAAGUACAGACAUGGUGAUGAUUAAAGAGAUAAUUAACUACUUUGUAGUCCGUAGAUGUGUAGCUUGAUGAGGUUACUUUUAGGUACAUCCGAGCACAUAUCCAAUAUGCACAGAACGUGGAGUGGUGUUUGGUUGUGUGUACUACACAGAUUUGUUUCAAACAUUAUGGAUAACCGAUAAAUGUCAAGGUCAAAGUUGAUUUUUCUUCAAAUGACAUGGAAUACGCCUGUAGGUAUGUAACAGUAAGCUCGAUUGCAUUCUAUCCUCAGUUCUAGAUUUCAAGUAGUUGGGGUGAAAUCAAAACUUAAACUUCUAGGAUGUGAAAAUAGUGACUGACUGAUUUAAAGUGCCGUCUAAUUAAUGGAAGAAGGCAUUUGCACUUGCUCGAAGCUCAUCAUGCAAGGUUUACCCAAUUGCUAUGUAAUUUGACAGGAGCGAUUUUGUACAAGGCCAACAAGGGUUAAUCUUUCAUUUUCCCACUGGACGAUCAUACUGUACGUAACGUUUGAUUAUUGGCACGAUGAUAGCAGGGAAAUCAGAAAAGGAAGAAGAAUCGUGGUACUAAUGAAGUCUUUGAACCACUUUCUCUAGCACAAGUUCUACGGGAAAUCAGAAAUUUUACACUAGACUGAAGGUGGAGCUGAAGCUCUACUCAUGGGCGUCAUGGCGGCCUAUGGAAAAUGUCACCAGACCAAGAAGCUCUACUCAUGGCGGCCUAUGGAAAAUGUCACAAGACCAAGGCAGAUAACUCUCGCGUGGCAGACGAUCUUCGUGAAGCUUUGAGUAAGUUGUGAAAGAAACUGCAAUAUGGAACAGCAUCAUUUGACAAAUAGAAACUCAGACUGAUCAUUCAUGAGUAAAAGUCCAUCUAUAACUUUGUAAAUACUGCACAAUACAUUUGAUUACAGCAUAUUGGAGUUGUGAUCAUAUCUUAUUGAGUUUCUUUUGUGCUGUUCUAGAUUUAAUUUUGUGGAAAAACUACAAAUUUAUAUUCGGUGUGUGCAAGUGUAGUUCUUAUUUCAA